AUGGGCAACCUACUAGCACGAGUUGGCCUCCUGCUAAAGAGUCGCCACCGUGCCCCACGGGGUGGUCUGGGCCAGACCCGACCGCUCCCUGUGUCCAGACAGCCCACCGCUCGCCCUGGCCGGGGGCACCCCGGGGCUCCGCCACCUGCCCACCACCCGCAGAAGCCUAGGAGGCCUCCGCCAGCCACCUUCAAAAUCACCCCCAGGAGGCCGUGUGCCCUGCCACCGGCCACGAGCGCCCCUGUGCGGGUUCCUGCGGCAUGUGGGGGCCGUGGGGAGAAGCUGGUGCUCUCCCCGUCGAGGUCAGUGACCUUUGCGUACCGGGGCCCCGUCGGGAUCCGGGCUGCGGGGCGCCACUUCCGUGUCCUGCGGAUGCGCUCCCUCCAGACCCUCAAAUCCUCCAGGCGCACACUGGAGGCCACUGGAGAGAGGAGCCGAGACCACCCCCAGCCCGCAGGACACCGGGAAGUCGGCGUCCAGACGGGGCCGUGGGAGCACGGCGGGCCCCUCAGCGGCAAGGCGCCUUUGUCCAGCGGCCUGCAGGCCAGUGGCGCCGGCCCCGGGUCCUCCCGCGGCCCGCCUCUCCACCUCCAGGCCUUGCAGGCAGGCCCACAGACACCCUCGGCCUCAUCUCCACAGCCCUCUGUCCCGCCCCCGGCCAGACAGGGCCAGCCUCCUGGGGGGCCUCUUCCCAGCGCGGCCCUGGGGGCUGUGCCCUGCUGCUCGCUGCCAGGGAAGUCCACAGCAGAGGAGCAGCCUGCAGAGCCCCGGGCCAGCCCUCCCGGUCCGCCGGUAGGCACCGAGGUCGCAGGACAGAAGCCUCCAGGAGGUCCAUCGGGGAGCGCUCCUCCACAAUCUGCAGGCAGGCGGGCCAGCAAGAGGAAGCAACCUCCAGCGCAGCAACCUCCACCGCCGGCUCCUCUGCAACUGCCCCUGCAAUGGGGUCGGGGUGAGUUUCCCCCGCCUCCCAAGCUCCCCUGUUUAGGCACCACAAACUGGCAGGCAACCAACAACACCCAGGUGCCGAGCAACAACAUCCCAUCCAAGGGGAGCACAAACCAGCUUGUCAUCACGGAGGGCCCAGCAGAGCCCCGGGCCAGCCCUCCCGGUCCGCCGGUAGGCCCCAAGGUCUCAGGACAGAAGCCUCCAGGAGGUCCAUCGGGGAGCGCUCCUCCACAAUCUGCAGGCAGGCGGGCCAGCAAGAGGAAGCAACCUCCGGCGCAGCAACCUCCACCGCCAGCUCUUCUGCAACUGCCCCGGCAAUGGGGUCGGGGUGAGUUUCCCCCGCCUCCCAAGCUCCCCUGUUUAGGCACCACAAACUGGCAGGCAACCAACAACACCCAGGUGCCGAGCAACAACGUCCCAUCCAAGAGGAGCACAAACCAGCUUGUCAUGACGGCGGGCCCAGCAGAGCCCCGGGCCAGGCCUCCCGGUCCGCCGGUAGGCCCCGAGGUCUCAGGACAGAAGCCUCCAGGAGGUCCAUCGGGGAGCGCUCCUCCACAAUCUGCAGGCAGGCGGGCCAGCAAGAGGAAGCAACCUCCACCACCGGCUCCUCUGCAACUGCCCCGGCAAUGGGGUCGGGGUGAGUUUCCCCCGCCUCCCAAGCUGCCCUGUUUAGGCACCACAAACUGGCAGGCAACCAACAACACCCAGGUGCCGAGCAACAACAUCCCAUCCAAGAGAAGCACAAAAAACCAGCUUGUCAUGAAGAAGGGCCCGGCUGACCCCGGUCCCACGCAGCCUGUCCCUUCCAGCACCCCGAGAUCUGGUGCCACUACCGGGCGCCUGCUCCCACCCAGCAGGACGCGCCAGCCCCAUACUGCUACUACCAGCGGGCAUUACCAAUCGUCAGGUUCCCAAAGUGGAGCCCAAACACGCCAUUCCAAAUUCCCAACUGCUCCAUCGGACGCUGAGAACGAGUUAGCAGAAUUAUUUGCCCGUGUAUCCAUGGGCAAAUAA